GCGCGCUCUGCGUGUUUGUAUGUGUGUCCGCCCGGCAGGUCCCGGAUGUUGCGGACAGUAUGAGGUGAGCGCUCGGGGACGGGGACCAGCAGCUGUCGCGGCCGUUCUCAGAUGGGGAAGGCUGAAGCAAAAAGAGAUAAAGUCAUCUGCCCUGAACCACACAACAAGUCUUUCACAGAGUUGAGAAGACAUUACAGAUGUCCUGAAUUCCAGUUCCUUGCUAUAACCUCUACAUUGUGAUUUCUCCAUGUAAACUCUUGGUGAAGACUAAAUAGAAUUUUUUUUCUUCUAAACUUGGAAAUCAAGUUUAACCUUCAAACUGGCGAUGUCAAGGGUCCCGAGUCCUCCUCCUCCGGCAGAAAUGUCGAGUGGUCCUGUAGCUGAGAGCUGGUGCUACACACAGAUCAAGGUAGUGAAAUUCUCCUACAUGUGGACCAUCAAUAACUUUAGCUUCUGUCGGGAAGAAAUGGGUGAGGUCAUUAAAAGUUCAACCUUUUCAUCAGGAGCCAAUGAUAAACUAAAAUGGUGUUUGCGGGUGAAUCCAAAAGGGCUAGAUGAAGAAAGCAAAGAUUACUUGUCUCUAUACCUGUUAUUGGUCAGCUGUCCAAAGAGUGAAGUUAGGGCAAAGUUCAAAUUCUCCAUCCUGAAUGCCAAAGGAGAGGAAACGAAGGCAAUGGAGAGCCAGAGAGCAUAUCGGUUUGUACAAGGCAAAGACUGGGGAUUCAAGAAGUUCAUCCGAAGAGAUUUUCUUUUGGAUGAAGCUAAUGGUCUCUUACCUGAUGAUAAACUCACCCUCUUUUGUGAGGUGAGUGUGGUGCAGGAUUCAGUCAACAUUUCUGGCCAGAAUACCAUGAAUAUGGUGAAAGUCCCUGAGUGCCGGUUGGCAGAUGAGUUGGGAGGACUCUGGGAAAAUUCCCGCUUCACAGAUUGCUGCUUGUGUGUUGCUGGCCAAGAGUUCCAAGCUCACAAAGCUAUCUUAGCAGCCCGUUCUCCCGUUUUCAGCGCCAUGUUUGAGCAUGAGAUGGAAGAGAGCAAAAAGAACCGGGUGGAAAUCAAUGAUGUGGAGCCAGAAGUUUUUAAGGAAAUGAUGUGCUUCAUUUAUACUGGCAAGGCCCCUAACCUAGACAAAAUGGCUGAUGAUCUUCUGGCAGCUGCAGACAAGUAUGCCCUGGAGCGUUUAAAGGUCAUGUGUGAAGAUGCACUCUGCAGUAGCCUGUCCGUGGAGAAUGCAGCUGAGAUUCUCAUCCUGGCUGACCUGCACAGUGCAGAUCAGUUGAAAACUCAGGCAGUGGAUUUCAUCAACUAUCAUGCUUCAGAUGUCAUGGAGACCUCUGGAUGGAAGUCCAUGGUGGUUUCACACCCCCACUUGGUGGCCGAGGCAUACCGCUCCCUGGCUUCAGCACAGUGCCCUUUCUUGGGGCCCCCACGAAAGCGCCUGAAGCAGUCCUAAGGCCCCUGCUUAUUGCAGGACCCAAUUUUUUUUCCCAGAAGCAGCAGCACGUUUGCUGUCCUUGACCACUACGUAGAGGCAGCUCAGUCUGUGGAGCUUUUACUCUAUUAUGGGGGGAAAGACUGUUCCAUGACACACCCUGACUUUUAAAAACAGCACCAAGUAACUUGAGGGGAAAAUAGGGGGAGGGGAGGGCCUGGGGCUCGGGGCAGUUCAUCCUAACGAAAACCCUGUUGCUGCAUUGUCUGUGUGUUCCCUUCAGCUUGGACAAGUCGAUCCUCCAGGGAUUUGGUUUAGGUGCUGACAUCCCAAAAGACAUCCAGAAGGUGGUACUAGGGUCUAACCCAUCUCUGCAUCUGACAGCACAGAACAGAUCAAAUCGUCAGGUGCCUGGACUAAAAAAAAAAAACACAAAAAAAACACAAAAAAGGACAGUUUUUUAAGAGAAGGGGAAAGAACAAAGGAAGAGGAGGAAAGAAUUUUUGAUGGAAUUUCUCAAAAGGCCGUUUCUGGAGGAUUCCAGUAGUAUUUAUGUUGAGAGAAAGAAACUUUAGCCCUUUCAGCUGUGCUAAAACUGGGACGUUUACAUAAACGCCUUACAUCGUACAGCCAACAGAAGAGCAGUUCUCUCUUGUUAUUAGCACUUAUAUGUUGUUUGCAAAAACGGAAAAUACCCUUUAUCUUUCUGUGGGGGAAAAAAAGACAAGCGAAGGUGAGAGGCGGAAGAGGAGGCCCUCUGGUCUGGGAGACAAGAACUCGGACGUGGCGCCCUUUGCAAAGAAUCUUUAUUGGUUUUGAAGAACUGGGAAAAAACAAACCUUCAUCCCAAUCUUGUACUUUCUUGACAAGAACUGUGCUUCUCUGUUUUUAGAUAUUGUGGAAAAUGGCAUUUUUCUCUCAUUUUACUUCUCUCUUCUCCUUCUCCCCAGUCCCCUUUUUUUUAAAAGGGUGGGAAAAAAAACACUAACACAUUGUUAGUUGUUCACUAACACUGCGUGGGGAAAAAAAAAACACUGAAAAAAACUAACGCACGGUGUUAAUUGUUCACUAACACUGCGUGGAAUAAAACACUAAAAACACUAAUACGCAGUGUUGUUCGCUAACACUGCGUGGAAAAACCCACUAAAAACACUAAUAUGCAGUGUUAGUUGUUCACUAAUACUGCAUGAAAAAUUCCUGGUCCUGAGAUGCUCAGUUCUUUGUACCUGACUUGCCGCCUGCAUAGGAGCCAGUCCUGUUCUUUUCCUUUCCUGUCUCCCCUGGGGAGAACUUCCAAAUAGUCAUUUUUUUCUUUUUGAAAAUAUAAAUAAUUACUAUUUUGUA